AGGAGUGAUUUAAAUAAAAGUGACUGCACAGAGCAGUGCACAAAGUAGAUCUACUCUAAUCGGGUAUUAACUUGUAAGUUGGUGUUGUGGUUGACAAUUUCCGCAAAAAAUAAAUUUUAAAAAAUUGUUAGAUACAAAAUGCUUAAAUCAAGGUCCACUAUUGGCCGAUUUUCUUAGAAGACUACAGUUUAAAAUGCAUGACUCAUCUCGACAGAUACACCCUGUCCAUUUCUGCCUGUGAGCAGUGCAGCUACAAGCCGACACAUUUUGAAUGGACUCUGGUAGAAAAACCUCCCCCGCGGAGACGGAGCGUCAGCGCCGUGUAACUAGACACUUGGCAGUGCUCAUACCCUCCCGGCCCUCCUCCUGCCUCUCCUCAUCACCCCGCCAGGAGGAAGGAAGACUUGCGGUCACGUGCACUCGCUGCGCGCCCCCGUGCACUCGAACAGAGGGUGCGAUACAUAAUUCGGUCCCGGGGAGGGGACACCUCAGUCCGGCCCCUUCUGCCAAAGCCCGCUGAGCCGCAGCCUGCACACAGCAGGACGAGGCGCGGAUGCGACUUCUGCUUCCUGCCUGCGAAUGAUGGAGAGUGAGGCCGGGAGGAGGACCAGCGCUGCUUUUAUUGCAGGUACAGCGGGACUUCCAGCGGCCGAGGAGGGACAGGGCAGAACGAGGAGCACCGCAGACGUAAACACUGCCAUGCCCUGCUUCAUGCAGCAGCGAUCCUCCGCCCGCUGCUCCUCCUCUGCUCCAGGACAGAGCGCUGUGUUCUAGAGGACAGCUCGGGAGGAGGAGGAGAGGGUAAAUAUUUGGUGCUGAAGUUGGGUCCGGGAUAGGAGGCUGUCGCUGAGGCAGACUCACUGCUGGGGAUCUCCGGCAGCCUGACUCUGCUCAGUCCGCGCUCUGCGGCCAUGCGGCAGGCAGCAUCCAAAGACCUGUUCCCUACAUGAGCUCCAGCUCCUGUGAGUAACAGCACAAAACUACUCCUUCUCAGCGUAUCUGCAGUGUUGUACUGUACUCUGGGAACAGGCACACUUUCCACAUUUCACAGAGACGUGAUGAGCUGCUGACGUUUUACUGAAAGCAGGUGUCUGACACAGGAAUCAAAGCUGCCACUGCAUGACUGCUCUGUGGGACCAAUCUCUUUGUUGCCACAGUUCACAUUAAGAGGCAGCACCAUGGGUGCCAAGCAGGCUAAAGGCCAGGAGCCUGCAGGAGCGAGUCCUCAGCACAGUUGGAAGCGGACACCCACCAAGGAGCGGGGAGACAUCUUAGCCUCCCUCAUGCUGAAGUCAGGGGACAGGCUGAGCCGUAGCGGGACGCCACCACCACCCUACCAGCGCCGCAUCGGCAUGAUCCAGGAGAUGAUGCUGAUGGCCAAACAGGGCAAGCAGGAUGAGGCCACGGAGAUGCUGAAGACGCUCCGACAGGACCUAGGCAUGGAAUCAACAUCACUGGAUGACGUGUUGUACCGCUACGCCAGCUUCAGAAACCUGGUUGAUCCCAUCACGCAUGAUCUGAUUAUCAGUCUGGCGCGAUACGUACACUGCCCCAAGACGGAGGGAGACUCUCUUGGGGCGAUGGAAAAGGUUUGUCGUCAGCUGACCUACCAUCUCAGCCCCCACUCUCGAUGGAGGAGACAGGGCCUGCUCAAGAGGAAACCUCAGGCCUGUCUGAAGGCAGUGCUGUCAGCCCCUCCAUCCAGCGGGGCAUUGGAUCUUUCCGGCAUCCCUCUGACAGCUCGGGACAUGGAGCGUCUGUGUGCGCACCUGCAGCGCUACGCGUCUACUCUCAUCAGCCUGGAGCUGGGCUUCACUGAGCUCACAGACGAGGCUUUCCUCCUGCUGCUCCCCACACUGGCCUCUCUCCCACACCUGGAGACUCUGGCACUGAACGGAAACAGGCUGACCAGAGCGAUUCUGAAGGAGCUGACAGACGCCCUGAAGGAUCCGGGCAGUUUUCCAAGCGUGACAUGGAUUGACCUGGGCAACAAUGUGGAUAUUUUCUCCCUGCCGCAGCCCUUCCUGGUCAGCCUGAGGAAGCGCUGUCCCAAGCAAGGCAACCUGCCCACCAUCCAGGAGUUUGGAGAGAGCCAGGCCAGCGACCCCCCUGAAAGGCUACGGGGUCUUGGGGAAGAGGAGGAAACAGACGACACCAACCGGACUGAGAGCAUGGGCGAGCUCCGUUCGGAAGUAGAGGAAGAGCUGGAUGGAGAGAUGGAGAUAGAGGAGAUGAUGGAAGAGCUGCUGGACUUUGACAGGGAGGUACAAGGGAAGGAGGAUGAGGAGGAGAGCAUGUGGACAGUAGGGGAGCACAGGAAAGGAGGGGCGAGGAGGAGAAAGAGGGGAGGGGAUGAGGAGGAGGAGGAGAAGAAGGAGAGGGUGGUGCAGAGGAGAGAGGAGCGCCCAAGGAGGAGGACAAGGGCAGUGAUGGCAGAGUACGAGGAUGACACACAGAGCUGUUCGAGCCAGUCGCAACACUCAUCUGGGGCAGUGGAGCCAAUGAGAGUCGAGGAAGACGAGUUUACCGACCAAUCAGAACACUUUACCUGAUCGGUCCCCACUACUCGGUUUAUGUUUUACUUCCUGUGUCUACUUCUACAUGGAAGGAGGCGAGAGAAUUCUGUGGCUAAAAAUGCUGCAGUGCUGCAUAAAUGUGCCACUCGAUGUCCCUUCCCUGAUCUGAUUUGUGACCAAUCACAGCUUCAGACGAUGACGAAGUGGCUGCUGAACUCAGACUGAAACUCAAGCCAAUCCCCAGCAGGAAGUGUGUUUUACCUUAGCUGUCUGUUGUUUAAAGUAUUAAUAGACCACAGAUGCUAUUGCAUAGUAUAGACUGAUAAAUUAUAUCACACGAGGCUUUCAUGUAUAGAAUGUUAAUCUAUAUUCAGGUCCUUCCUCCUUGUAAUCCCAGUAAUACCUACAUGUGCCUGUAACACAUCCCAUUCCAAGACAAAGUAAUCAGGGCCUUUAUAAGGAAGUGUUUUUGCCAAAAACUACAAGUGGAACUGUGUAAAAGGCCCACGUGGGUCAAAGGCCAGCCUGAUGGAUCGGAAGAUCUCCUUUUUCUGCUGCUUAAGAAAUGUGAUGUGAAAUUUGAUGAAGGUGAAAUUAGUAAGCUAAAAAACCACCCUGAUAAUAGCUAGAGCAAUGAGUGACUCUGGAAGAAGAAGCUCCUGUUUCCAAGGCUAUGCAAGGGAGAACGGGUAACGAUGAGCCAGCUUUUACUUGAGUCAACCUUUAGCUAAGAGGAGUAAUAACUUCAGGAAAUUAUAUCUCGCCUGAAAACUUAUCAGACGUAGCUAACUCAACUAAACAACAAGAUAUUUCAUCUCAAAAUGUGGGAAGUUGAGCUUAAAACAGAUGAUGAUCCAUCUGAGAAAAUAGUAACAAACCAUUCUUCUAACCCAACGUGUAAUUAUUUAGAAUUAGAUCUCAACUCCCGGUUAAUAAAUAGACAUUACAGCUUUUUUUGUCUAUAGUGCUAAAAGAUGAAGAUACUCCACUGUCCCUCUUAAGGAAAAGCUUAAAUUGGAUGAAAGCUUUGUUGCUUUGAGGGUAUUUUCAUUGUUUUUCAUUUUCACUGUCAUGACAAAAAGUUUUGGAGGUGGCACAACAAAUUUAUUAAGUUUUUGAAACAUAUUAAACCUUUAUAAUGGUUCUUCACUGUAUCAAAGAAACAUGAAAAAUAAACUAAAUAAAAAAUGAAGCAAAUGAAAACAAACCCAGAUCUGUUGGCCUCAACUGUACAAUAUCAACUUUUGCAUUAAAAGUUAACAACAUUUAACAUAAAACACCAAUAUAGUCAAAAAUAUAGUAAAAAAAAAACAAAUAACAACUCUGUUUAAGAUAAAAUAUUCCUGUGCCCCAUACAGAUAGUUAUAAAAUCACUGGUUUAAUUAACACAUAUCUACACCAAUCAAACUCUAAACCCAGCAUAACCGAAAUAAUGAUCAAAACUCUACUAAACUGAGGAUUUGAUCCAUUACCUGCAUCUUUAUGAUUGUUAUUUCAGAAGUAAUAGCUAAAUGCAUAACUCUUGGUAUGCAGGAUGAAGUAGAGUAAACUUAAUCUAAUGUAAGAAAACCUCAAAACUAUAAUAAAUUAGGUUAAAUUAACACAUUUUAAAGCUUUGCUGCUGUACCUGGAAAGCUUUGACAGACAAUUAUUUUGUGAAAAGAUCUCCUAGCUACUUCAUCUACCUUGUUCUCGAAUGGAAAACUAAAUUUAAGGUCACAUGACUAAAGCCUACCCAAUUUAUCAGUGGGCAAAUACUAUGGCAGAUAUUAGCAUCCACAUUUAUAACAGCACAAAAAGUUACUUUCAAAAGUUAAAAUGAUAUAGAAGAAAUUCUAAAUUCCUAUAUUGCUUGGGCUAUACACAUAUAGGUGCUCAGAUAUAGGUGGAAGGCGACCUUACCUACUGGCUCAUCUUAUCCCUUUGUCCCCUGCAGUGGAUAGAAGUGUUAACCUCAUUGCCAUGCAUCCCAAAGCCAAGUGCUGAAAUAUUUAGUAGCCUUUUUCCUCAUAAUCCAGGUCAUGCUUCACACUGCGGCGCUGUACACUAGAGUGCAUCACACGCUUACAGUGCUGUGUUUGUAUAUAGGUCGCUGCUAUGCUGUACGCUGGGUUACAACACAAUAUCCUUAUACAGUAUGUAGCUCUCACCUGGCUUGUGCAUUCUCUCCAUGUGUCACUUAUAAUCCCUGCAAAGCUUUAAUAAACUGUAUUUUUAGAUGUACAGUACAUAUAUAUAUGUACUGUACUGUACAUAUAUA